CUUGACCAGCGGUUCCGCUGAGGAUGCUGAACACAACCAUGAAAACACACACGGGAUGUUACUUAUAAACAGACAAGGUGCAUUCAUUCAAGGAGGACCACAUAAACGGCUGAAAGUCACAGAUGAGUGUCCGGUGAUGGAAAACCUGACUGGAUCCAACUCUGAGCCGCAGCCUGGGGGCAUCACAGUUCCUCAUGUCCCCCCAAAAAAGACGUCAAUUUAUGAAAACGGUCACGAGCAUCCCACUCAUAUGGACCCCACAGCUGCAGCACACAGAGGGGCCAGCGAUCCAACCACAUACCCUCUGUUAGAUUACCGAGGUCUGGUCCGGCAGAGAUUUAUACGCAGAAGUUUGUGGUUCUCCGAAUCAGAGGAUCAAGAACUCGAGGUUUCAGACUGCGACACCAUCAGCAGUCCCGUUAAAAGUGCUCGUAUUGUGGUCCAGAGGAGUUUUAAUGCGAAGAGUCCGGUGGGACAGGGUGAUUGUGUAACAAAGAGCUUCAGCAAAGAGCCAGAGACAAGCGAGGCUGAGGAAAAACAUGACGAGGAACCCCCGGAAACCUCCAGCAGCGGGGACAAAGCUGGGAGUGACGAGAAUGAGGAAGAUGCCGCAAUGAAGGCAGUAUCCACCUCUCCGGGUGGACGCUUUCUUAAGUUUGAUAUUGAGCUUGGAAGAGGGUCCUUCAAAACAGUCUAUAAGGGCCUAGACACUGAGACAUGGGUGGAGGUGGCCUGGUGUGAACUUCAGGAUCGUAAGCUGUCCAAAGUGGAACGUCAGAGGUUUAAAGAGGAGGCAGAGAUGCUAAAAGGUCUUCAGCAUCCAAACAUUGUGCGCUUCUAUGACUUUUGGGAAUCUCCUGUUAAGGGGAAGAAGUGCAUUGUUUUAGUCACCGAACUGAUGACAUCUGGAACACUAAAAACGUAUCUGAAGCGAUUCAAGGUGAUGAAACCAAAAGUCUUACGAAGCUGGUGCAGACAGAUCCUAAAAGGUCUUCACUUCCUCCAUACGAGGACCCCUCCCAUUAUACAUCGAGACCUGAAGUGUGACAAUAUCUUCAUCACUGGUCCUACAGGCUCAGUCAAGAUCGGAGAUCUUGGCCUGGCCACUCUAAAGAGAGCUUCUUUUGCCAAAAGUGUAAUAGGCACUCCAGAGUUUAUGGCCCCUGAGAUGUACGAGGAGCACUAUGAUGAAGCCGUAGAUGUGUAUGCCUUUGGGAUGUGUAUGCUAGAAAUGGCCACAUCUGAGUAUCCAUACUCAGAGUGCCAAAAUGCAGCACAAAUCUAUCGCAAAGUCACUAGUGGUGUGAAGCCAGCCAGUUUCAUUAAGGUGGCCGUGCCUGAAAUAAAAGAAAUCAUUGGAGAGUGUAUCUGCCAUCGCUGGGAGGAAAGGUACUCCAUAAAGGACUUACUAAACCAUGCAUUCUUUGCGGAGGACACAGGUGUGAGAGUAGAGCUGGCUGAAGAGGAUGACGGCAAGAAGUCUUCCAUUGCUCUGAGGCUUUGGGUUGAAGACCAGAAAAAGCUUAAAGGAAAGUAUAAAGACAGCGGUGCAAUCGAGUUCACCUUUGACCUGGAGACAGAAGUCCCGGAAACAGUUGCCCAGGAAAUGGUGGAGUCUGGCUUCUUUUUAGAGGUUGAUGUGAAGAUUGUGGGUAAGUCUAUCCGUGACCGUGUGUCUCUAAUAAAGUGGAGACGGCAGCGGAUUGUCCGUAAUGGAAAAACAGAAGAGAGCAUGACCAAGACUGAGGCACAGAAUCUCCUUCAGGUGCCCUCCACAGGGCCACCUCCACCAGGUCUUCCAUCCGAAACUGAGGAACUACAGACUGAAGCAGUCAGCCUGGUCUGCAGUGCCCCAACUAGUGCUACUACAGCUACACACAGCAGUUCAGGCUCAACAAUGAUCACAGGCCAUUCAGGCAACCAAGACAGCCCUUCUCAGCAGUCCCUUUCGGAGUCCAUUUCCACUGGCCAAAUGGUCUUAAGCCCUCCAGGACAGCUUCUGGCUCAAUUGCCACAGUGUACCCAACAGCCAUCUCUGGGGACUCAACAACAACCUUCUCUACAAAUGCAUCAAGGUGUCCCACAACAAACCGUAGGCCAGUUACUCCACGGGGCUCAGCAACAACCUAGUCCUCAGCAAACCCAGGGAGCCCAACAACAGCCUAGUGGUCCCCUGCACCAGGUUACACAAGCACAGGCCCAUGGUUUGGUGCCACAACCCACCAUUCAGCUGCACCAACAAUAUCAGCAGUCAGCUCAUCAGCUACAUCAAGGGGCGUUUCAGCAGUCUUCGGUACACCUGCGUCAGAGCUCUUACCAGCCAUCACCUCCUUCCACUCAAUUGGUUUCUAAGACCGUCUCUGCUCCAGCUACUCCUGUACCACAUGCUCGUCCACAGAGCAUUCAUGCCUCCGCCCUCGUAGCACAGGAGUUUCACCUUUAUUUCCAUCCUGAAGCUUUCCAGCCUCAGCCCCUAGUGCUGCCAUCUUCAGAUGCUCAGUUCAUUCCACAGCAUCUAUUACAGUCAGGACCUUCAAUGCUCAGCACCGCUACCCUUCCUCCACAACCACAGCUAAAUGUUCAGACACCCCUUCUCCAGCCUCUACAAAUCGCCACACAGUUUCCUUCGACAUAUCCUCUUUUGCCAGAAGGGGGCACAUCUGCAGGGACAGAGCCAAUACCUUUCUCCUCAGUCUCUUUCUCUUCUUCCUAUCCCACAAAUGCUCAUCCCGUCUCCUCUCCCUACUACACAUUAAGCCCUAUCAGUGCUCCUCCUCCCACACUAUCUGUAUCCUGCAUGCUAGGUGCAGGCACACCUGUCUCCACCCCUCUGAAUGUUCCUAGCCCUAUACCUCUCCUGGCUAUGGCCCUGUCCCCACACAUGCUUCCUCCUGAGCAACAUCUGCAGCAGAUGUACUACCCAGUUCCACCACCAGAAGGUGCCAUUUUGCAAGCUCUACCCCAGCCAACACAACCCUCCCUUCCCCUCCCUCAGCAAGACCCAUCUAUUUCUGAACCUUUUCACAGAGGCUUAAAAUGUUUUCAACUGGAGUACCCCCGCCAUGAGGAAUUGCAGAUCCUGACCCCAUUAUCUCACAUCAUUCUGUCGCAGAUCCAGUCUCAACAGGACAGGCAGUCAGAGACAAAGUUUACCACUGUCCAAACCCUACCUGAGACUGUGGAGCCUCCUCUGCAGCCUUUUGGCAUACACACAGGAUAUGCUGUUCCUGAGAGUGCUGACAUGCCCAAUACAACUCAGCAAACAGCAGACACGGCUUCAAUGCCAGCUCCUCCUGCGCUAGAGCCCACCCCAUUUCAACCUAACACCGAGGCCCCUGUAUCUAUUCCACUCCAUAGUUUUGUAUGCGACAGCCUAAACCAAGAUGCAUCUGGUAAAGAAAUGAGUGACAGCUUUGAAGGAUCCACUGGUGGAGGAAAGGGUGAUGGCAAACCCAGAAAGCACCACCGCAAAUCUGCUCGAACGCGCUCGCGCCAGGAAAAAAUUAACAAGCCGAAGCUAAGCAUGCUAAACGUUAGUAAUACAGGUGACAAGAUGGUGGAAUGCCAGCUGGAGACACACAAUCAUAAAAUGGUGACUUUCAAAUUUGACCUAGAUGGAGAUGCACCUGAAGAAAUAGCCACUUACAUGGUGGAAAAUGGCUUUAUUCUACCAAUAGAAAAGGAGAUUUUUAUAGAUCAACUUAAAGACAUUGUCGACAAGGCAGAAGAUAUUCUAAGCGAGGACAUGGAUGGAGAGAAGAUAUCAGAUUUUGGGAAAAAUCAUUUGCAAGGACAAACUCCUGGAGAUGAAGGGGGAGAGGGAAUAAAUGGACAGCAACCUGGGGCUCCCCAGCCAGUGUAUCAGCAAAAUGUUCUGCACACGGGUAAGAGGUGGUUCAUCAUCUGCCCUGUGGAAGAGGCUCCUGGUGCCAGUCGGGAUGCAUCUUCAGAUGGAGGUCCAUCUACACAAUCUCCAUCCACAACAACAAUAACUGAUGGGACAGCCACUGCUCAGCCUGAGAGUUCUUCAGCCCAUCCUCCUGAACCCAGCACAGGAUCUGCUUCAGCAUCCAUGGAUUCAGAAGCCUGUGCGACAGCACCUCCAUCAGGAGGAAGUGAUCCCUUUGGGGUUUGGAGUCCCCUCUCUCUGACCACUACUGAUCCUUUUGCUCUGGCUGCUCUUCCCCAAGCCCCCCCUGCUCCGCAAGCCGCUGUAAUGCCAGCUCGUUCUGCUUCCCAUUCAGAGGAAAUGCCAAAUUUGGGCUCCGCCCCGGUCAAUGUGCAGCAAUCCCAGCCAUGCAUGGAUCCUCAAAGCUCUGUUUUUGUGGAUGAGACCCAGAGAUUAGGCUCUGUCUCCCCUAUGCACACUGCUCAGCAGAUGGCUGAAAUCGCAUGUGCCGUCUCCAUGGUGGAGGACGUGCCCUGCUGCCCGCUGGUCAUGCCGAUGUCCCUAGAAGUGAGCAGUGGGGCUCAGAGACCAUCCUCUGUGAUGCCAGCACAAUCACAAGACACUACGUCUGCUCGCGAACAACUCCAAUCCAUUACAUCUAGUCGAGUGGAACGUGCCCAGCAGCCUGUGGUGUUGCAGCAGCCUGUGUCCACUGUGAGUGGAACUAAGGCACCUUCCCUGCCCCAAAGCCCUGCUCCUUCCCAGCAUCACUUUGUUCCCAGUGAAUCAGAUGGAGAGGGACGUGGCAGAGGAGGGUUUGUAGACAGCACUAUCAAGACACUGGAUGAGAAACUGAGGAAUUUACUGUAUCAAGAGUACGCUCCCAUGUACCCAUCGGGAAGUGCUGCUGAAACUCCAGGAUCUGGCACAGAGUAUAUCCAAUCCCCACCAGGACCAGAGUGUGCGCUGGGAGGGUCAGGAACCAGCACACCUAGUCUUAUGGGAGAGGGACGAUUCAGGGCAGGAGAGCAGUUGCCACAGAUUCCAGAGCGUGUGGACAGUUUAAGUGCUCUCAGUGACUCUGCCGUUGGAGUUACUGUGUCAAGGAGACACGUGAUGCCACACUCUGCCUCUUGCUCUGGAUCUAGAAGUCGAUAUAAGAUGAUGCCUAGCUCCACUGACAUCCUGUCAGGUCAAGGUCGAAAGCAGCGCAGCCUGAGCAGCACAGCAUCUCCAGCGCACCCUGGUGGCUUUUUAGGAGAAUGCGCCGUGUACGAAGAGCCGGCUGUUUCUGCCACCACUGUCGGCAGGUUCUCAGUUGUCAGCACAGAAGAUGAGGUCACGCGCAGAAAGCUCAGCAGCAGAUAUUCUGCCCCACCUGACUUUUAUCUAGACGCCCCACCUCCCCUGACCAAACGAGGCUCUCUGCCAAGGGCACAGACCUCAGUCUCAGCGGAUGUCACCGUCCACAACCGCUUCAUGUCUUCUGACUCCGGGGCGGAGAGCAGCCCCGCCAAAAUGGCACCUACAACCCCGUCCCGCCAUGGGAGGUCUGAAAGGAGAGGAAGUGACCUCAUGAAAAGGGCGGUGGCUUUUCUAAAGCGCUCGGGCCGCAGCAGCAGUGUGCAAAGCUCUGAUUCGCCAAGCAGAAAGGGAGGGGUGUAUGGAUCCUAUGUCAGCAGUGACAAUGACUCCGAGAUGGAGGAUUCUGAUAUAAAGAAGGAGCUUCAAAGACUAAGAGAAAAGCACAUGAAAGAGAUAACCGAAUUGGAGGCCAAUCACAGAGAAGAGGUGGAGCUUCUUUAUAUGAGAUUAGGGAAACCACCCCCUCCAGGUCUUUACAUCCCGCCCACAGCACCCCCUGCUGGACGCAAGCGCAAGACCAGCAGGCACAAACUAAAAGCUGGCAAACUGCUCAGUCCUCUAGUACAACAGCUGAGAAAUGUUGCCUCUAAAACUAGCGACUCCAGCAAACCUAAUGAUUUGACAAAAUCAGCUGAAGCUGCCCUGAGCUUGAAUGGUUCUCCUGCUAGAGCUUCCAACUUGUCAGAUGGCAAGGCUUACUCUGGGACCGGGACUCUGCCUUGUUCUGUGUCUGAGCCGGUUCACACCCAACAGCCCUGCUCUCUCAAAGGAUCUCUCUCCUCCGACAACAUCUACUCUGGUCUACAGGGAGAAGGACAUGGGCUGCCCAGCCAGCCGGCCCAAGGCUGGCCUCCUUCUCCCCAGGCGUCUGCACAGGUCACCUAUAAAUCCAGCAGUAAACCACGCGCUAGAUUCCUCAGUGGGCCUGUUUCUCUGUCCAUCUGGUCAACCCUUAAACGCCUGUGUCUGGGUAAAGAACGUGGCAGCAGAUCUGGAGCAGCAUCAGCUGCCUCUAAUCAGUCCCCAAUGCCUCCUGGAUCAACUCCUCCUCCUCACCAGCCAAUCGGUCUUGCCCAAGCACAGACUAAUAACAGCAACAACAAGACAGAUGAUGCACUCACACAGCAGCUUCAGAGACUCAUGGAUAACUGGGCAGAAGGUUUAAGGAAACCUUCACGCUCACAAUCCCUCAGUCUAAGACCACAGCAACUGAAUCGAUCCCGGAUCUGGAGCGCUAUAGAGGCUCCGGUUUCAACAGAAAGAUUGAACGCUUCCCAACUGCCUCUUUCAUGGCCGCAGAUUGAUUUCCAUGCCCAUGUGAUGGCGACUGACACUACACAAGUACUCCAGCGCAGUUUUUUGGUGCCCGGCAGCUGUUACGGAAAGAUGCUGAAUGCCCAACGCCUAGACAUGGACUACUGGCCAACAAUGACUGGCAAUCUUAACCAAGAAGUCUUUGCUUUCCCUGCUAUGCACUCUCCUUCUUGGACAGCACCUUCGUCCCCCAGCGAGGUUCCUAGUUCUAGAAAUAGGACCAUGUAGCUUUACCAUCACUGUACCUAUUCUUCUUACUGUCGCCGAAAAUACUUUAGUUUCUUUAGAGUGCUGGUUAGGCCUUUCAGUGUGCAAUUCAAUCUGUUAAAGUUGCUAGCAUGUAGUCGCAUGUAGUAAUCCCACUCGAACAUGUAAAUAUUCAGGCUAACAAUGUAGGCAUAUGUGAUGAAUUAGUGAUGUACAUUGAGUAUUAUUGUAUAUAGCCUAUGUAGCAUCUCUGAAUUUUAGCAUAGGCAUAUGUACAGAACGUAUAUUUUUCAUCAAAAUUUGUUUAGCUUGCUUGUGUCCUUAACUCUGAGCUGUAUACAUAAUGUAAAUGCUAUAAGGUAACAUGCUCUUAUAUUUGGGUAGGUGUGUAUAGACACUGUUUAUAAUAUCUUCUGUAAAUAUAAGCUCUGUCUGCAUAUGUGCAUAAACCCGAUACGUGAAUGAAGGUGAGGUUUAGGUUAAUCGGUGGCUUGGGUUGAAUUGAAUCACAGCUGGGUGACAACACUGGAGCGAUGAUCAUGACAUCACUGUGAAUUUUUCACUCCGUCCUGCAGCGAUCACUAAUUUCACAAUGCGCUGGUCAGCAAAACACAUUAUCGUAUGCUAGAAAAGUAACGACCACGAACUGCACUGAGAAUCAAGAGAGAACUUUAACAGACUGUACAUUUCAGGUGAACAAGCCUGCAAGAGUGCCUUGAAAUGCAACUGCAGACUGUGCUGCGUACCAGCCAAUGUACCCAGGGUAAAGGUGACUGCUAUUAAUCCUGUUACCAAGCAUAAUAACUACUAAAUUCAUGUUUUCCCCACAUGCAGUUUAUGAUGUCCUUUAUGGGCGUUUAUAAAAUGCUUUUCAACACUACAUGGUACAAUUUUUUUUUUUUUUUUAAAGGUGUGUGCAUUUAUUAUUAGGAGUAUAUUUUUCUUUAUACAUGUUCUAUAUCUUCUGAAACAGUAAAACAGUUGCAUUGGUUUAGAGGAAAAGUGUUUUCAAAACUGUAAUGCCAUCAAGUGAUCUUUUGAAUCGAAGAUUUACAAUGAAUGAAAUGAGCGAAAUGAUCUCCGCUGGUGCAGUCGUUUGGUUCCUAAUGCCAUCUGUUAGAUCUCAAUGAUACUUUUUUAUUUAUUAAUAAUGCUAAUAUUUAAGUUUCGACUAGAGUGUUUUAGAAGACACUGACUGAUGCUUUGCAACAUAAAAGACCAUGGCUACCCAAAAUUAUUAACUGUUAACAAUUAAAUUUGAGUUUUGAAAUAUAGUCAUUACUAAUAGACAAACAUCUGUACAAGUUCUGGGAAGUUAUAUGUGUCAUAACAAACUCUAUACUUAAACUGACAAAUGUGCUGUAGAAAGUCACAUGAUGAAGUACUGAAAUCUGGCAAAAUCUGCUCAUAUACACUUAUUCUAUACUUGUAUAUCAAAUUAUUGAAACAGGUUGUAGUUUUUUCAAAUGGUGUUACAUAUGGAAGUAAAUAAGUGGCAUUAGAUCUCAUCUUGCACUAAGCAGAGGUGUAGCAGGUCAUUGUUUUUUUGUCAUGGUAAUUGGUGCUAUAAUGUAUGAUAGUGACCUUUUAUAUUUCUAUCAGUCUGUUUAUUUUCUGAAAAGUCUAUAUAGAAAAAAAAUAUGCUAUCUUAAAUCUGAGCCAUGUUCAUUUUUUUUAUCCCUUCAUUUCAAAUGGGAUAUGAAACAGUUCAUUAAUCUGUUUCAAUCGCUUAAAGUUAAUUUUGUUACAUAUUUUCAGAAAUGUCAGCCUUGUACAAACAAACCAAUAAAAAAUAGGCAAUGUGA